AUGGCUUCCGCUUGGGUUCAUGAAAGCCUAAAAGCUCUAGAAGCCGUGCCUUCCAAAUUCAAUAAUGCUAAUGACUACACAGCUUUAGCAUGUGAUUCACUUCCUAGUGUCGAUUUCUCUGCCCUUAUCUCCGACGAUCCUCACCAACGCUCCAAAGCCAUCCAAGAUCUCGCCGCAGCAUGUCGAGAUUGGGGCUUUUUCCAUCGUAAGAGCAAACUACUUGUGAAUCAUGGGAUAGCAAAGAGGUUGAUGAAGGAUGCGAUUGCAGCUGUGAGAGAGUUCUUCGAUUUGCCAGAUUGUGAGAAGAAGCAGUAUGAAUCGAAGUUAGUGUUAGAUUCGAUUCAAUGUGGCAAUUUGACACUUGCAAAUACAUCAAACCAAAGCGUCACAUUUUGGAGAGAGUAUCUUAGGCUGCGUGUCCAUCCCGACUUCCACUGCCCUCACCACCUCAGGUUUAAGUCUCUAAAGCAUAGAGCUGCGGUGAAUAAGGAGAGAGAGAGAAUUUCACUGGUGGUAUUAAAUGCUCCGGCAUGGGACGCCAUUGUUGGGCCGGCUGCGCCACUGGUCGAAAAGGAUGGCUCUCCAUUAUACCAUUCGAUGGAGUAUAAACAAUACUUGGAGUCAAGCAUCGCUCAAAGCCGUCUCGGUGGUAAAUCCUUGUUCGAGCAACAACUCAUAAUCCAAGACAUCUAG